AUGCUCUCUGCAAUACUUGGAGACCUGAACUUGCGUUCAGUUCUGACUUGCCAGGCCAGUCAUGCCGUUGCUUCGGACUCAACUUCUAGAAUCCCCGUUCGGCUCGUCUCGACUCUCAACCCCUCCUCCUCCUUCUCAGCCCAACAUCCCAGUAUUGGUCUCUUUGGUCCAUGGAUCGAUCCACGAACCCUUGCAACCAAACCCCUCCUCUUGCUCCCCCCUCCCACUUCCUCCUCGGACAAAAUCACAUCGUCGACUUUGCGUCCCUCUUCGAGAUUGGCGUUUGCCGCUAGUCGGGCAGAUUCAGGCACAAAAUCACCGCCGCCAAUCAUCAAGAGCCACCACGACCCGGUCCCGCUCGCUUGUCUCCCCCAAUCCCUGCUCUCCGCCUGUCUUCAUCGUCGGUAA